AUGUCAUUAAGGGUUUCAGAUAUAUUUAACGUUCAAAACUACCAAGUUGUUAUUACCGGAGGUGCUUCCGGCUUGGGAAAAAUUCUAGCUCGAGGAUUUGUUGCAAAUGGCUGCAACAUCUGUAUUGUGGACAUUGACCAAGAAGGAGUAGAUGCAACUUUAUCCGAACUCAAAGCUAUUGCAGAAGAGUCUAAUACAAGCUCGCAAGUCACCAGUGUCGUCGGAGAUCUUUCAUCUGAGGUUGGACUUCAGGGCAUCAUCUCUUCCAUCAAAUCCAAGUUUUCUCAACUUGACGUUUUAGUCAAUUGCGCUGGUAUAAGAAGAGUAAAUGCUAUCAGUUACACGCCAGGUGAGUCGUUGAGUCAAUUAGCUGCUGCUACAGGUUCAAGCAGCUACAGCGAUUGGGAGUCCACGUUCAAGAUAAAUGUACUUUCUCCACAUUUUCUUACGGCUGGAUUAGUUGAGUUGCUUGGAAAGGCAUCGCAAAAAGAGUUUGGGCGUGGAAAUGUAAUAUGCUUUUCUUCUGUGUCCUCCGUCCAUAAUGGACAGUAUGUUCCGUCUUAUCAAACCUCAAAAGCCUCUGUUGAUCACCUUGUAAGAAUCAUGGCAGCUGAGUUUUCUGAUAAGUAUAUUCGAGUUAACGCCAUAUCACCUGGACUUUUCCCCAGCAAAAUGAAUCCGAUGGACAUCUCCAUACCCGAAUCCAACAUGAGAUAUGCUAGAGAGAUGCCUGCGAGAAGACCGGGUACGGAACAGGAGCUAGUUUCUGCCGCAAUUUUCUUGGCUAGUAACAAGUAUGUUGACGGGCGCAUUAUUCGAAUUGAUGGAGGAAGGCUCUUGGUGUGCAAGGGCAAUAUAUCUCAAGAUGAUUGA